AUGUCUUCACCAGUCACAUUGUCAUCUCGACUCUACGCCGGAGAUUCCCGAAGUGGCUACAGCACGCCAUCAGCGAUGCCGGUCGAUCAUACCUUCUACCACACGGAGACCUUCCCGACGUACACAGACCAUGCGUUCACGCCUGAAGCUAGCCUGCAUCACGCAUUGAUCGCGCCAGACGAUCCUUCUGCAGUGUUGCACCAGCAUCUAUCGAACGUAGACACUCAAGUCAGCCCGCCACCGGAGUCGGUCGAACUUGGACAACGGUUCACCGCCUACAUUCAUCAGGCAGAACAGACGGCGUACCAAGAUCGUAUCCUGAACCACCAAAGCUUUCGCCUCGUGAUUGCGAUGUACAACGCUCUGUACGCUGCGAAGACAGAUCUCUACCACAAGUACGAACAGCAGACCAGAGCUUGCGAAGAAGCACACGCUGCUCACGUGGCAGAACUUGCAGAACUUCGACGAAAGCUGGAUGUAGCACAAGCUGAUUUGAACGAGAGAUGCGUUGAGCUGAAUCGGGCUGUGUACGGUUUGAUCGAUGUCACGGAAGCGAACCAUCCUGGAGCGGGACUGUCACACUCGAAGUCUUUCUGUCGUGUUAUUGAGAAUGUUGAGGGCGACGGAGGAGAUCAAGACGGCCAUGGGGAGACGUAG